GUAGCUGUAGCAGCUCUAGUAGUAGCAAGUAGCUCUAUCGAUUUCACCAGUGAGACGUCGCAACAAUAAUCACAUGACUCCAUUUUAUCAAUCAGACGCAAGCUUGCCGUUCUAUCUUCACACCAGUCUGUUCAAUCACGAUGUGUCCUUAAGGCAUUGUCAAAAAAGUAUUUGAUAUAGAGCGGUGCCCUCAACAUGACUCGAAAGCGUGCAUUUUAACCUCUCUCCCAGUUUUCUUGGCACAAAUUGACCACGGAAAACCGGAGAUAAGAUCCUUUUAAUUUCAAAAUAGCAAUUAUGAAGGAACUCUUCACUAUUCAAACUAGGAACUAUUUUAUCCACCAGAAGGCACUCAUGCUCGAAUAAUGCUUCAUUUAUGUAUUUUUUUUUUCUCUCAUUGCAAUUUAAUGUUUUUUUUGUUUGUUUGUUUGUAUUUCUUUGGCUUAAUGUGGUUAUGUAAUGGGUUAUUGUACAGUAUCAUUAUAACAACAGUUCAUACAGAUAACCUUGUGCUCAGAAAAAAAUACUAUUGUUUUAAAAAUCCAAUAAAAAUAUAAGCAGUUACUCAAAAUGUUACUUAUUACUUCAGUAUUCUUUUCACCAAAUACUUUUUUACUACUACUACUAUGACUACUUUACGACUAAGUUAGUGCUCUUACUUGAGUAAAAAUGUUGGCUACUAUAUCCACCUCUGGUCAUACAGCAGUAUCACUCUGAACCAAAAGGGUGAACAAUGAUAUGAAACACACAAAACAAAUGUUGGCAUAAAAUUGGAUUGGUUACAAAAUUUUAACACACCACCAGGAUGAAAAUACACUUCAGCGUAACUCAAAUAGUGUAACCCAUUUAUAAUAAUAACUUAGAUUUAUACCGGCCUUCCAAGGGACUCAAGGACACAAAACUUUAAACAGGCUCCAUCACUCAACAUGAAGGCUGUAAAACAAAAAUGCUACUUGCUGGCCUGUGUUUUGCACAAAACAUCUACUACGCCUGAGGUCAUUUGAGAGUUAUGCUGUAUUGUACUCUUAAUCGUUUUAUUUCCAUUCAAUUUUUCUGGCUCUGGCUGUAAAGGUAGUGCACUGGAACUGGUAUUUUACUGCUUUUAAUUUUUUACAUCGCCUCACUGCUUACUUUUAUAUAACGGCUACGAGUGUGAUGUAUUUUUAUCCUUCCUUCUCCCUGGCAUUCUUUACAACACUCUGUAACCUCUUAUUUUCUGCAGUGUUCAUAUAUUUAUUAGGGCUGUCAAAAUUAUCGCGUUAACGCGCGGUAAUCAAUUUUUUAAAUUAAUCACGUUAAAAUAUUUGACGCAAUUAACGCACAUGUCCCGCUCAGACAGUAUUCUGCCUUUUGGUAAGUUUUACAGCAAGGUUUUUUUUGUGCUGUCUAACAGCGAACUCUUGUGGUCGCUUUGCGACAUGGUUUAUUGCUUUCUUGCCACUUCAAUAUGGCUGCACAACGUCUUGGGCUGACGCCUAUGUUUUAAUGUUGUGCUUAUAUGAUCCUUGGACAAGAUUUGUCCGUAAGUAUGGUUGUUGUAAAGAAUGUACAUAUUAUGUUAGUAAGCGAAAUGUUAUAUUUUUUGUAUGAGACGCUUUUUGUUUAUGUUUAGUGAACCUGUAUAGCGUGCUAAGCUAACAUUGUUGCUAAUGCAAUGCUUGUGUACUUUUUUUUGUAGUUUCACUACGGUCUAAAGAGGACAAUGGUUUGAGGCCAUUUUAUUAAUAAAUCAGAUGAAAAUGGAAGAAGUCUGAUUAUUAAGGCGUCGUUCACUAGCUGUCUAGCUUUGGAAAAAGUAGACGCAUCGGAGUGAGGACAGCAUAGACAGAUUUAAAUGACAGUAGAGUGAAAUGCCCACUACAGUCCUUAUGUACCGUAUGUUGAAUGUAUAUAUCCAUCUUGUGUCUUAUCUUUCCAUUCCGACAAUUUAUUUUACAGAAUAUAUAUAUAAUUUACAGAAAAAUAUGGCAUAUUUUAUAGAUGGUUUGAAUUGCGAUUAAUUGCGAUUAAUUAUGAUUAAUUAAUUUUUAAGCUGUAAUUAACUCGAUUAAAAAUUUUAAUCGUUUGACAGCCCUAAUUUUUAUGUUACUGCGGAGAAGUUGUAUGUAUGGUCAGUUGUUCAUACACUCCUGCCACAUUUUAACUCAUUGGCUGCCACUGAGAGCGAUGGGAUAGUAUUGAAUGAUCAUGUUUUAGUGCUAUCAUUAGAUAGCUCAUAGCAGCCAAUUUUUGGACAAUGGAAAUUUUAUGUUGAUUUCAUUUUAGCGAGAAACAUGAAGUUAAUGUGCAUGUUUUACUUUCAUACAAAAUGAUGUGGCAGGUCUGGCCAAUUUGACACCACUGAUGUAAAGCAUCAGUUUCUAAAACCCUGCCGACGAUAUAUGAUACAACCCCCCCAAAUUGGCAAGAAAAGUGCAAACUUUGGAUUUGUUUAACAAGAAUCGACUAGAAAAAGCUCUUUGCGUAAGCGUAACACAAUACCACGUCCUCUUAACUCAUUGGCUUCCAUUGACGACAAUAGACGUCCAAUCCAUUUGAACUAGGAGGGACUGUGUGCAGCCUACUGCUACUCAUCCUAAUUCUCAUCCAAAUCCAUCCAAUCUACUUAGUCCUUAUGAAGAAGGCUCGGGGUGAGUAAAGUAGUGACGAGGUCGCCUGUGUGUUGCUGCUGUUUUGCAGCUCAUGAGCUGUUGAGAAGCUAAUGAAAAGAUAAUGAAGUUAUAGACUGCACUGCAGUAACCUUGGCACGUCCCUGUGCUGGAUGAAAUGCGGUUGGAGAUGGGAAACAUCUGUCAAGGGAAUUGCACUGGUCUACUACUAGUCUUCUGAAUGCAGAUCUUGUUUUCCCUCCGGUGAGAACGAUAUACUCUGAGCUAUAAAACUGUACAGAAAAUAGUUUCCCAGUUCGAAUGGAUUGGAUGUCUACUUCCGUCAAUUGCACUGAAACAUGACAGCCAUUCCAGCCACAACAAUAUUAGGAAAAACAAGAAUUUUAGAUUCAUAAACACAUGAGGGAAAAAAAAAAAAAAAGUCCAUAGAUAACAUGAAAAUAGGGAAAUAUGACAAUUUUGGAUAAAUCAAAAAUAUAAUAAAUAGAAUUUCAUAAAAACAUUUAUGGAAAAUUACAGGAAUACUAGGAAGAAAUAUACUAAGUUUAUUUUAAAAAAAAGGUCAAAUUACAAUAAUAUUAGGUAAAACAUUAGAUUAAAAAAACAAAUGUUAGGUUUAACUGCAAAAUAAAACAAUGAUAGGGAAAAAAACAUGAAUUUUAGAGCAUUAAAAAAAACAGUAUCGCUGUCAAUAUGAGUUUUUCAUAACAUGAACACAUUCUUUUAUUAACUACCACAACACAUACUUUGUGAAUACUAUACAUAUACCUGGGCUGGUAGUGAACAUUCACUGUUUCUGUGCCAUUCACGGCUGUAAACGCCCAAUGUAUUGAACUGGGAGGGUUGUCAGUGACUAUUAACCAAUUAGCUGCAAUUGAAGGUGAUGGACAUCAAAUCCCGUUUGAAUGUAUUUUUUUGUCAUUGUGAGUUUUUAAGUCAUUGACUGCUACUGAUGGCGAUAGAUGUCCUAUCCAUUUCGACUGGGAGGGUUGUCAGCGAUCGUUCGAGCCCCACAGUCAAAUUGGAUGUGGAAGUCUAUUGCCAUCAAGGGCGGUGGAACAUGAUCACUCAAUGUUUGUCAUCAGUUGAAAUGGAUUUUAUCAUUAUCAAUGGUAGUGAAUGGGAUAUAUAUAAAAAAAAAAAAAAACUUGCACAUUUUCUUCUUCUUUUACUAACACAACACAUAGUCUGUAAAUACCAUACAAACUGUAUACCUGGGCUGGCAGUGAAUGAGUUAAGUGAUUAAACGUGGUAUCAAAACCAUUGUAUUUGUUUUAUACAAAAUAAACUUAAAUCGUUGUCUGUAGUUUAAAAUGACUUAUACAGUACUGUACAGCAGUGGUCAACAACAUUUUUUACACCCAAAAACCAGUGUGAUGUGUAGGCCCUAUUUUAACAGACCGGUGUUCUGCCAAAAUCUCCUACAUCGGCGACACGUUCUACAUUAGUCGAAUUUGACACCCAAAGUACUACCGUGCGCUCUAAACAUGUUUUGUUUAGAUGCAUACAGGAAUAACGUACUAAAAAAAUGCUUGCAGAAAAUACUUAAAUGUAGUUUAAUCAAAUAAGGACGGUUUAAAUGCGCUACAUGACUAAUGUGGCCAACUGCUUCAAAGCUAACACAAAAAACACAAUGGUUAAAAUUAUGAGAGGGUAAUACUGUACAUGCAAAAAGUAUCUUUGAGGCAGUGAAAAGGUUCUAAAUUACUAAAUAAAAACAAAAAUAAUGAGUACUCGCCGCUUUUAACCGAUGUGCGCAUGCGUGUGGAUGCUUGCGCAAGCGCGCUGAGCAUUGUGUAGGACGUUUCGCCGUGUAGUAAGGAAUGGCCGAGCACCGGCAAUGUGUGGCAGAAAAUUACGGUAAAUAUAAAAUAACACAGCGGGGUUAAAAACUAACAUCAAUUGCAGCGAAAAUAAAACUCAUCACACGCUGAACCAACCUUUUUUUAACAAUGGCUGCUCCUAAAACUUGACAGCAAAUAUCCUUGGUCACAGGCAUAAUGAGUUCUUCUCCAAUCGCGAACGGUUUCUGGCCUUUAGCUAUUCGGUUCGCCAAGAGGUAUGAUGCUGUCCGUGCAUUCAAUUUUCAAAUCAAAUUUAUCAAAUAAAUUUAUUUAUGUAGCCAUUUACAAAACCCGAAAGGUCCCCAAAGUGCUUUAAAAAAAAAGACAAACAUGGCUCAUAGUAAAUAAAAGGCAGGAAAGUACUAUACUGUACAAUGACAUUCAGAAAAAAAAGGAAACAAAACAACGCAUCACGAUAAAAGUCAGACAGCAAAUAAAACAAUAAAACAGAUCAAAUCCGAAAACAUUAAAAACCCUUAAGAAAUAAAACCAGGAUACACUAAUCUGGGGGAAAGGCGAGUCUAAAAAGGUAUGUCUUUAACAGAGAUUUAAAAAGGCCCAAAUUUGUAGUGGAGCGGAUUUCAGGGGGAAGACUAUUCCACAACCUGGGGGCAGCAACUGCAAAAUAUCGGUCUCCCCACUGUUUGAGUUUGGACCUGGGAACGUGCAAAUGAAGUUAGCAGAAUUACGGAUGGUUAAAAUUUCCGAUAAGUAAGAAGGAGCCUGGCCAUUAAUAGAAUUAAAAACAAACAGUAAAAGUUUGAAAUCAAUUCUAAAAUGGACUGGAAGCCAGUGGAGCGAUGAUAGCACGGGGGUAAUAUUUUCACGUCUAGGUGUGUCUGUUAAAAAUCGAGCAGCAGCAUUUUGAGCUAGUUGGAGACGAGAAAUUGAGGAUUUGGGAAGACCAACAUAAAGUGUGUUGCAGUAGUCCAGCCUUGAUCUUAUAAAAGCGUGAAUUGCUUUUUCAAGGUCGUGGCGAGGCUUCACUGUGGCCAAGAGACGGAGCUGGAAAAAACUUGCUCUUACAAGAGAACUAAUCUGUUUUUCAAAGUUGAGCCUGAUGUCAAAUAUCACUCCGAUAUUUUUAACAUGUGUCUUAAAAAAGGGAGCCAGAGCGCAAGAGUUGGGCUCAAGAGCAUUCAACAUAGAUGGUGUGCCAAAAGUAAUAUAUUCAGUUUUGCUUUCAUUAAGAUGUAAAAAGUUUUGUGCUAGCCACUGCUUCACAUCGGAUAUGCAAUCCAUUAAUUUAUUGAGAGCAGUUUGUUCGUUGGGUCUCAGGGGCAGAUACAGCUGCAGGUCAUCUGCAUAAAAAUGAAAAAUAUUAUGUUUUUAUAAUUGAUCCUAAAGAUAGGAGAUAAAGUACAAAAAGAACAGGCCCUAAAAUAGAGUCUUGUGGCACCCCACAAGACAGAGAAGUUUGUGAGGAGAAAAAUUCCCCAAUCAUUACUGAGAAGGUCCUAUGUUCCAGGUACGAUUUAAACCAUUGUAGAGCACGGAUACCUAUAAAGUGUUCUAAACGAGAUACAAGGACUGUGUGGUCGGACUGCUGUUGUUGUUGCCUCGUUUGCUAGCUUUUAGCCACAUAUUACGCAGAAUAGACUUGGUUGUAAGCUCCUCUUCUGGCUCAGCAGGUGGGAUUUUCCCCAUAAAUAAAGCUGUCCAAAGACGCCGCCGCCCCUAGCACACGGCCAACAGCAGCUAACGUUACUGUUUACAUUGACUAACGCUGGGCUGCAAACACCCCAGUAAUGGCGGCCAACCACUAGAGGGCGACAUACACAAAUCUGACUUGGAUUAGUUAGUAGACAGGCAUAUUGAUGUGUCAAGAGGCACAGACCAGAUUGCGGUCUUUAACAAAUUAUUAUUUUUCUGCGGCCCGGUAGCAAAUCCGUUACAGACUGGUACCGGUUCUUGACCCGGUGGUUGGGGAUCACUGCUGUACAGUACAUAUAAAUAUAACUUGCUGCUAUUUACUUACAAGCCGUUAGUAAGCCUUGCAUCAGUAUGGAAACACACUACAAUAACAUGAGGCCAUGAGGAGGCAGGGAAAUGGAAAGAGGGGGGACAAGCUGACAGAUGAGUUGAGGGAGUGGCACAGGGAGCCAGGAGCAGAUUGUGUGUGUGUGUGUUUGAGAAUGAAAUCAGAAAUCCAAGAGGAUCGUCGCUAACAGGAGAGUCGACCCUCAGCCAAAGCUGUGAGAGGAAAUCCCUUCCAACAUCCAGAGCUGUGAAAGGAUACAAAAACAGCGACGGACUGGCACCAUAGGGGUGCAAGGGGGUGGGAUACAAAUAAGAGGAAUAUUAAGAAUCUGGGCUGUUCAACCAGCAGGUUAUCACGUUGACAACAUGGGCGCAGUGGUGGGAACUUUGACCAUGCAAACCAAGCAGAGAAGACCGACAAGAGAUAAAACAGACGACGAGCUUGAGAUGACAACAGUGUGUCAUAGACCGGAGGCUCUCGAGCAACUGGAAUCCCAAACUAACUUCUGCAAGCAGGAGCUCCAGAUUCUCUAUCGUGGUUUCAAGAAUGAAUGUCCAAGUGGAGUCGUAAAUGAGGAGACAUUUAAACACAUUUAUGCGCAGUUUUUUCCACAUGGAGGUAAAUCUUUGUGUCAUCACUCAUGUUUUUCACACUGGUGUCACCAUAUUGUUUUUUGUUUUGUAGAUGCAAGCAUGUACGCGCAUUACCUUUUUAAUGCUUUUGACACAACCAAGAACGGCUCCAUUAAGUUUAAGGACUUUGUCAUGGGCUUGUCUAUUUUGCUGAGGGGAACCUUAAGGGAAAAACUUGAAUGGACGUUUCAUCUUUACGACAUUAACAGAGAUGGUUACAUAAACAGGGAGGAAAUGACAGAGAUUGUGAAAGCCAUUUAUGACAUGAUGGGCAAGUACACUCACCCUGCGCUGAAGGGAGAUGUGCCACAGCAGCAUGUGGAUGCUUUCUUUCAGAAAAUGGACAAAAACAAAGAUGGAGUGGUAACUUUAGAUGAGUUUGUAAUAGCCUGCCAGGAGGAUGAAAUCAUGAUGAGAUCCAUGCAGCUGUUUGAGAAUGUGAUGUAGGACAGCAGAAAAUGACACCGACAUAGUCAAAAUCAGAGGGCUAGGUGUGAGUUAAUGUGUGUGUGUGCAUAUAUGCAGUGGAUGCUGUCUCUCGUCUCGCUCUUGAAUCCAGAAGUGGGCUGAAUAUAGAUUGGCAUCUUGCAAACACAGAUGACAAAACUGGGCUGAAACUCUAGUUCCAGAGUUGUGGGUACUAAGUUACUAACCCCUGAAAAAGAUGAGUGGAACUCUUGAAUCUUACAGAAGGGGCAGAGAUGCUGACAUGUGUAAAUCCUCUUGCUUAUUUAUUAUUUUUGCCCAAAGAUGUUCUUGAAAUCUAUUAAAUAUUUUGUAUUUAUCAGCAAAUAUUUCACUGAUUUGUUAAAUGUUUCAUUGUUCUGUGUUUGUCUUGCUGUCAUGUGCUUCCUGAAUCUGCUGUAAGCAUUUUGUCAGUCAAUGUAAAGCUUGCAGUCUAAAGUGAAGCAAUCUUUAAGUAGUAAGUGGGUCUUCGAGUCAUGGUAAUUUGUUUUUCAUGUCCUAGUCUUAAUGUCUAUAUAAACUAAGAGCUAUAUUUUCUGUUUUUCCCCCCAACUUUACUUUCAGUGUAUUUCUCUGUCUUUUUAAACUUCAGACGAGUAUUGUGAAACUGGCAAAUCAUGUACAGUAUGUGUAUAAUGAUGCUGAUGAAGGUGAUUUUGUUUGAUCAUGUCACUCGUAUGUUCAUUUGCUUAAACAACUUGAAAAAAUGCUGCAAAGUUGCCUGUAUGUGCGUCCAACAUUGUUUGGGAAUUCUUCAUCUGUUAACCUAAAACUAUAAUGCUGAGUGGCAGCUAUAGUAGAAUUGUAAUUGUCAGUGGCAAAUAUUGGUACUGCCUCCUCCUCCAUCAAACACUAACUUAUCUAACGCUUCUGCAAAUGCACGUGAUUUCCCUGCUUGCCUUUUCGAUUUUAGUCAAGGGUCGAAGGGUUAAAAAUGCCAUUGUCAUAAAAAAUGCACAUGCUUUAGUAGGUGGAGUACUAAAAUAUUAAUAAUGGUUUAUUUUACAGGCAAUGCAGCUUUUUUCUUCUUGACAUACAGUAUUUGUGGGAUGUCAUAGCCUCAGGUCUUGAAUUCAAAUGUAUUUUUCCUCGUCGUCACAAAUAGAACAUUACAGCAAUUCAAAGCCAUACAAAUUAAAAAAUAUAUAAAAUGAAUUGUGUGUGUUUUGUUUCUGAUGUUUGGUGCCAGUACAUGCAUAGAUGGCGGCUCAACAUUCGUGCCAUCAGUGCAUCGCGGAUUUAAAAAAAAAAAAAAAAUUAUAAUAUUAAAGUUCUAAAAACAUAUUUAUGUACACGUUAUUUACAUCUACGUAUGUACAGUAUGUUCACUUACACACCUCGACACACACACAUCAUGAAAGAGAGAAUGUAUGGACAGUAGUAUGAAAAAGUAUCUGAACCUUUUGGAAAUUCUCACAUUUCCGCAUAAAAUCACCAUCAAAUGUGAUCUGAUCUUUGUCAAAAUCACACAGAUGAAAAAACUGUCUGCUUUAACUAAAACU